GUCCUCCCCUCGGUUAUUGUUGCAGAGAAAGCCGCUCGUAGUCUUUUUGUUUUCCAACAAGGGCAGCGGAGAGAAAGGGCUGACGAGGCUGAAAGCUGAAAGGACAGGCGACACAGCAGCAACUUACAAAACCAGAGGGGCACAUGUGACGGUCUACGCAUGGAUCUGAAAUCAACGCUUCUCCUCGUCGGAGCAUCUGCCUGCUCCUUCAGACUGCUGAACUCGGUCGUCAGACUCCCGCCGUCCACGGUUCAGCCGGCACCAAAUAAAACCUGGAAGUGGAGGAAUAUCAGCACGUCUUUGGUUCACAGCCUCAUAACGGGAGCAGGAGCUGUGCUGUGUUUUCACCGUCAUCCUCACAUGGUGGAAGACUUCAUCUGCUUUUACUCCCCGACCUCCCACGGCCUUGUAGCUGUUUCCACAGGUUAUUUUAUCCAUGACCUCUUAGACAUGGCCUUGAACCAGCCUUUGAAACGGUCCUGGGAGCUGCUCCUUCACCACUCUGUGGUGAUCUCCUGCUUCGCUUUGGCUGUAACGUCCCGCCUUUACCUGGGCUUCGCCGUGGUGUCUCUGCUGGUGGAGAUAAACUCUGUUUUCCUUCAUAUCAGACAGCUCAUGCUCCUGUCGGGACGGAGGAACAGGCCGGACACUGGACUCAGGACCCCUCGGCCGUCUCUCACCUACAGCGUCAUCAGCUGGUUCAACCUGGGAACGUUUUUGCUGUUUCGUGUCUGCACGCUGGGCUGGAUGACCCACUGGCUGGCAGGUCACAGUGAACAGAUGCCUCGUUACGUCCUGAUGAUGGGGACGGCCGGCCUGAGCCUCGUCUCCACCAUGAACAUGGUUCUGUUUUACAGACUGCUCAGAGCAGAUGUCUUCACUAAGGCGAGCAGUGACCACUAGAGAGCAUCUAAAAUACUUCAGUUCUACCUCAUGAUGAAGCAGUUUAUGUUUAACAUGGAAAGCAAACAACAAGCAAAACUUAGCAGAUUUGCUUUUUAGUCCACUAGACUAUGUGUGUGGGAAUUGUUUACUUUUUUACAUGAUUAUAACAUUUUUCUGUGAUUCACAAGACAAAAGUAUUGUUUAUUCUAUAUAACCACUUGUUGAGGUCCCAGAUAUUUUCUUUUCUAUCUAUUGUUUAUUUUAAAGCUGACAAGGUUAAAAAAAAACUUUUUUUUCUAAGGUGUA